CACAAAGCCAAGAAAACUGUCAAACAGCCUGUGUUUCUCUGCUCAGGUUUUGUAUUUCAGCCCUUGAGGAAGGUGUCGUUCUGGUGCCAGAGCCUGACCUCAGGGCCAGCCUCUGCUGCUGACAUCACCUCCGCGUCUCUGCGCCUCAGCCUUUGGAGUCCCAUCAGGGUCUGCGCGCGUCCCGCUGUGACCGAGGGCGAUGCCUCAAACACCAGCCACCCUCAGGACGCGACACAAGCUCCGCUCCCCGGGACGACUUGAUUUUUUUCCCCUCUCUCUCUCUCUUUCCCCCCCCCCACUAUUAUCAUUUCCACAGCUAGCUGAAAGUCCGAGCAGUGAUGGCAGAUGAGAGCCGGGGGAAGCGCAGGAAACAAGCCAACCCGAGGAGGAACCGAGUGGAUGCGGAGGUGGUGAGCUUGCUGGGAUCUGAAGAAGAGGAUGAGGCUGGUCUGUGGAGCUUUGAGCCCCAGGACUGCCAGGAGAGCCUGGACAAGACGAGCCUGACGCCCAGCGAGGCCACGGAGGAUCCCAGCAGCCCCGCCCACUCCACGCGGCCCCACAGCCUCAGCCCUGGCAGCAGGAACUGCUGGGGCCCGGUGGAGUCAAGGGCCAAGACCGAGGAGGACGCCGCCUACGUAUCCACUGACAGGGACAGAGAGCAGGAGCCGCUGAGAAUGUGCUGUAACAACCCAGACCCGCAGAAUGCUUUAGAGGAUCUCGCCCACUACGAAUUUGUGGCUAACUUGAGAAACAACUCCCCUUCGGUUCAUCUCUUGGACCACCUGAACCACAACGGCACGUCGGCUGUGUACCGUCCGAGCAGCAGGCACGACGACCUGCCUGCUGCCAUCUGGUCACCAGGAGCUCAGCGCUGCUCGUCAGACCGAGCAGAUGCAGUCAGGAGCCAGCAGCAGGCCUGUCCGUUCUGCCACCGAAUGUUUGAGCGAGGAGCUUCGCUGAGGGACCAUGUCAGAUACUGUCAGGAGAGGGAGGGAGGGCCCCUGGUCUGUCCUCUCUGUGGAUACACUGCCCCCCUCAGGUCGCAGAUGGAGCGGCACCUAGCACUUCACAGCCAAAUUCAGGAAAAGAGUGGCAUCACUUUGGAUCCAGGAAUGGAGGCCAGGAAGUUCAAAUGUCUGGAGUGUGGGAAAGCGUUCAAGUACAAACACCACCUCAAAGAGCAUCUUCGCAUCCACAGUGGUGAGAAGCCCUACGAGUGCUCCAACUGCAAGAAACGGUUCUCUCACUCCGGCUCCUACAGCUCUCAUUUAAGCAGUAAAAAGUGCCUGAGCGGUGGAGGACAUGUGGAGGGAGGAAGCGCCGGCGGAGCGAUUAACGGACACAGUCAAAUCUCCUUCCACCACUUGCUCUCUACGUCUCCCUCUGCUGGCAGAGGCCGAUCCAGUAAUGACAAGGGUGCUGUGUUUCCUUCUCAAAGUCAGGAUUUGAUCAGGUUUUUGGGUCAAAUACCAGCAGAUUCGUACCAGCUGUCAAUGCAAGACGUCAACCAGAAUGCCACAAGCCUCCCCGGCACGUCUGACCUGUCCCGGCUGUGGGACUGUUCACCGGAGCUCUCCCUGAAGGCCAGCAUCCUGAAAGGGACAGCCCUGAUGCCGUAUCUCCACCCUGGGACCAAAAUUGAGCAGAUGCUUCAGGAGAUGUUUCACAGGGAUGGAAAGGUGGAGGAAGAGGUAGACAGGGCUGGCGUCGAAGAAAGAAGGGUUAACAAUGACGGUGCAGCCGAGAGGAAGGCGUCCCCCGGCAGAAGAAGAGAAGCGGUGAGAUCGAGCGACGCGGAUCAAGAUGUUCUCAAGCUGACGUGCCGCUGGUGCUCGCAGCUCUUCCCAAACGUGGCAGUGCUCCUGCAACAUGAGCGCAGUCUUUGCAAGGUCAGCCGAGAAGCCGCCGAGGCGUCGGAGGGUUUUCAACGGAAAGCUCCAGCCUCACCGCCUUUGUUUUAUCCAAGAUCUGCUCACCAACUGGAAAACACCAACGUAUGCGAAGUCACCAACGAGCUCUCAUCAGUACCAAAGCUCAGCUGGCAGUCUGUACCACAACAGCUUUUAGUUGCAAUGCAGUCUCCUCCACCCCACAAUGAUGCACUGCAUUCACGGAUGUACUUCUCCAGCCAAGAAAAGGGUAGCCCUGCUCAGCUGAUGCACCAUUCCCCAGAAAUGCCCUCACCUCGGAGCAGAGGAAGAGUUUCCUCCUCAGGAUUAAGUUCACCCGUCCGCCUCAACGUCUCCAGCUGUUCACCUGAAAUCUCCUUGGCCCAGAGAGAACAUGGGAGUCCCUGGUCUGCACAGAACGAACCUCUGGACCUAUCUAUGCCUAAGCAUCACUCAAAGCAAACAGAGAGGAGCAAAAUUCCCAAUGGGAUCUCAGGAAGGGAAGACCGAAGAGACCUCAGGAUCCAACCGCUUGGUAGACCAAGUCCAACAUCCCACCUUCCCCUGCACCAGUACCCAGUGUUCAGUGGGACUGGAGCGCCAGUCUUUCCAGGCUCUGUUUACAAUGGCUUUCCCAUUUUUAGCCAAUCUGGAGUCGGGCUUUCAGUUCAUGAUGGAAUGUUACCAACUUCUUUCAGCCAGACGCCUAAAAGCCCCGGGUUUCUACCUCCUGUGGCUUACAUGAUGGAUGCAGACACAGAGGCCGUGCUGAAAAAGUUCUACAAGGAGAGACAAAAUCUUAUGGGCGAGGCUUUAAAACAUGGUGCUCUGGACUACCUCACUUUCGCUGAUGAUGGAUUUGAGGUGGAGGGAGGGCCAGGAAGAAAGAGGCUAAAGAAAACAGAGGAAGGACUGUACGCCUGUGACAUUUGUGAAAAAACCUUUCAGAAGAGCAGCUCAUUGCUCCGACAUAAAUAUGAGCACACAGGCAAACGUCCUCAUGAGUGCAAGACCUGCAACAAGGCUUUUAAGCACAAGCACCACCUGAUCGAACACAGCCGACUGCACUCUGGAGAGAAACCCUACCAAUGUGACAAGUGUGGCAAACGCUUCUCCCACUCUGGCUCUUACUCCCAGCACAUGAACCACCGCUACGCGUACUGCAGCAAAGACCAGGAUCUUGACCAAGACCAGGAAGAGAUGUCUCUCACCCCGUUGGCGGGCAGCCUCACUGAAGACAAGCCUCUGUCGGCGGAUGACACUCAGACCGCCCACUCCUUCCUCAGUGACUCCAGCCUGGAUGGAGCGUUGGAUGCUCUCAAAGAAGGUGAGGAGGAGGAGGAACGAGAUGGUGAAAUGCGCAGGGGUUUUUUGGAAGAGGCAAACGAGCUGAGAGGUAGUUUCAUCCAGGAAUCCCCCACGGGAGAAGAACAAAAUGAAAACAAUUGUGAAGUAGGAAGCCAUAUUAAGAUGGAGAGCCACAUCUGGGACAGAGACGCUGAGGAACAGAACGAAGACUUGAACAAAUGUGAACUGAACCUGGAUAUAACAGGGUUACAAAGAGUCAAAACUUAAGCCAACUUUAAGAAGUCAUGCAGAUGGAAUAAAUCAGCUGAGUGUUUUUAAAACAGAGAAAUGCCAAAGAAUAUGUGGCCAUAAAGUGGACAAAGCCAUCUAAAAUACAGUAUUUUAUCAUGUAGAACAGACUAGUAUUAGAGUGUGUGUCUGUAUGUGUGUGUGUGUGUGUUUGUGUGUGUGUGUUACUGUUUGUUGUUAGAACAAUAAUAGUUCGGGGGUUAACUAAUCUGUGUCUUUAUGCGACAAACCAGAAAUCUUAAUUGCUUGUUGCUGCUUCCUGUUGCACAAAACAAAAGUUCUGUUGUACUUUAAAGUGACAGUUUGGAUAUAUAUCUAUAUCUAUAUCUAUAUCUAUAUCUAUAUAUACAGUAGAUAUAUAUAUCUUAUAGAGUGAGUUGGGAUCAAUCUAGAGAUGCACGAUAUAUUGGUACUGAUAUCGGUAUCAGUCCGAUAUGUAAAACUGAGCCGAUAUUAACGUCCGAUAUUAAUUUCCCACUUUUUAGCUUUGUGUUUCAGUUUUG